UUCUAUGGAUUACUACUCAAAUGUCAAAAUACCAAAUUAACCUCAAUUCUUGUUUGAAAAACUUGGUAUUUUAGUAAAUUUUUUAAUUAUUAAACUUAAACUCGGUACGAAGAAAUCCAGUUAUAUAGAUAGAUAUGGAGUUACCACUACCAGCAAGUUGUUUUCCGGAUCCAGAUCUGUAUAACACUAAGAUAGUGAAAAAUUAUAUAGAAAAGUAUGUCAAGUCCACAGUUCCCAAAGGUGAUUUGAAAAAUUUAGAGCAAGAUUUCAAUUAUACAUUCGUCUUGGCUAGAUUUUCACAUGUGAAUACGAAAAAACAACGAAAAGUGAAAAGGAACUUCCUCACCAGGAAGCAAAGGAAAGAGCUGAAUUUAUUGAAAUUACCAAAAAACGGAUGGGAUUACCAGUCACUUUCUGGUAUACACGAAAUGUGGAAACAAUAUUUACGACAAAACUUGGAUUUUCCUAAGAAAACUCCCACAUACCAAGAUCAAGACUGGCUAAAUUUCACCACUAUCAUUGCCAAGUCCGAACUGAUCGGUGCCGAAGUAACAGUUGUGAGAUCUAAAGUACCCACUCAAAUAGGAAUGACAGGAAUAUUAGUUUUAGAAACAAAAAUGACUUUCCAGCUUGUCACUCCAGCAUCCCAACUAAAAACAAUCUUAAAGGAAACAUCCGUGUUUGAGUUCCGUCUGGACAACAUGAAAUUCACAAUUUUCGGAAAGCAUCUAAUGACUAGGGCUAGUGAACGAAGUGUUAAAAAAAUCAAGGGACAUAUGAUUCCAGACCUCUCUUGAUCAAUUUAACAAAAAAUUUAUCUGUGAUUUGUAUUAUAGUUUACUAAAACAGAAUGUGAUCGAAGAAUCGAGGAGUGUGAAUAAAUACUUUGUAUUAA